CCAUUGAAAAUGAAUAAAGUGUUACAAAAGAAAAGAAAAAAAGCUAAGGCGGGGGAUCUUGAAAUGCAAUAAGAUACAAUGACUGAGUGAGUGAGCGAGUGAACGAGUUAGGGAGCGAGUUGAGUCCCUGAGAGAGUGAAAGGUACAAGUACACACACACACAGAGUGAGGAGACUACUACCAGUGCUACCCACUCACUCACGUUCCUACUAACAAUCUCUCUCUCUCUCUCUCUCUCUCUCUCUCUAUACACACUCCUCACUCACUCUCCUUCUUCUACCACCAUCACCAGCACCAGCUCUUUCUCUCUCCUGACAACUCGUAUCACCCCUGACUCUUUUUCUCUCUCUCUCUCUCUCUCUGUAACACCCUUUAUUUUUUUUAUUAUUUAUUUUUUGUUUUUCUUCAAAGUUUGUUAUUUUAUUUGUAAAAAGCAGAGAGUGGGGUGGUAAGAGACACUGAAAAGGAAGAGACCAGAGGAAAGAAAAGUAGAGAGUGAGAGAACACACACACAAAGACACAACCUUUUUUGAAAGAGGAAGAAGAAGGAGCCACUUAGGUAGGUAGAUAAUACAUAGAUUAGCUAAUUUUGUAUAGCUUGGUUAGCCAUGGAAGCUCUUCCUCUCUUCUUCAUAUUCUUUCUUUCCUCUGCUAUCGUUUGUUUCUCAUACGAACCUCGCAACCAUGAAGUGGAAGCUUUGAUUAACUUAAGAGAUGGUUUGCAUGAUCCUCAUGGAGCUUUGAACAACUGGGAUGGUGACUCUGUUGACCCAUGUAGUUGGGCUAUGAUCACUUGCUCACCUGAAAACUUUGUAAUUGGCCUGGGAGCUCCAAGUCAGUCUCUGUCUGGAUUUUUGUCUGGUGCAAUAGGAAAUCUCACAAAUCUUCGCCAAGUUUUACUGCAAAACAACAAUAUUUCUGGCAAAAUACCACCCGAGCUUGGUAAACUUCAGAAGCUUCAGACAUUGGAUCUCUCUAAUAACCGAUUCUCCGGAGUGGUUCCUGACUCACUGGGUCAACUGAACGGUCUCUUGUAUCUGAGGCUGAACAACAAUAGCUUGUCUGGGCCAUUUCCCUUAUCUCUAUCAAGAAGUCCUCAGCUUGCUUUCUUGGACUUGUCUUACAACAAUCUCAGUGGACCAGUCCCAAAAUUUCCGGCCAGAACUUUCAACAUUGUGGGAAAUCCAUUGAUUUGUGGAAGCACUUCAGCUGAGGGUUGUUCUGGAACAGUGACCCCAAUUCCUCUUAGCUUCUCAUUAGACUCAUCACCUGGUCAACAAAAGCCCAAGAAAUUAGCAAUUGCACUUGGGGUUAGUCUAAGCUGUGUUUUCCUCAUAAUAUUAUCAUUUGGCAUUCUUUGGCAUAGAAGGAAGCAACACAGCCUAACCAUCUUAAACAUCAAUGACAACCAAGAAGAGGGGUUGAUAAGUUUAGGAAACCUCAAAAGCUUCACUUUCAAGGAACUGCAACAUGCUACCGACAACUUUAGCUCCAAAAACAUACUUGGGGCUGGAGGUUUUGGAAAUGUAUACAAGGGAAAAAUUGGAGAUGGAACUCUGGUAGCUGUGAAACGAUUAAAGGAUGUGACGGGAACAGCUGGGGAGUCUCAGUUCCGAACAGAACUUGAGAUGAUAAGCCUUGCGGUUCAUAGGCAUUUGCUUCGUUUGAUUGGGUAUUGUGCUACAUCUAACGAGAAGCUUUUGGUGUACCCGUACAUGUCUAAUGGCAGUGUGGCAUCUCGACUUAGAGGAAAACCAGCACUAGAUUGGAAUACAAGGAAGAGGAUAGCCAUAGGAGCUGCAAGGGGCCUACUUUAUCUACACGAACAAUGUGAUCCGAAGAUAAUCCACAGGGAUGUCAAGGCUGCAAAUGUGCUCUUGGAUGAUUACUGUGAGGCUGUUGUUGGUGAUUUUGGUCUUGCAAAGCUCCUCGACCAUGCUGAUUCCCAUGUCACUACUGCUGUCCGUGGCACUGUUGGCCACAUAGCUCCCGAGUAUCUCUCUACAGGCCAAUCAUCUGAGAAGACCGACGUUUUUGGAUUUGGUAUACUUUUGUUGGAGCUCAUAACUGGAAUGAGAGCGCUUGAGUUUGGCAAGACAACCAAUCAAAAAGGAGCCAUGCUUGAAUGGGUCAAGAAAAUACAACGAGAAAAGAAAGUGGAGCUAUUAGUGGAUAGGGAGCUAGUGAAUAAUUAUGAUCGGAUUGAAGUAGGGGAGAUGCUACAAGUGGCCUUACUUUGCACUCAAUACCUACCGGCCCACCGACCGAAGAUGUCAGAGGUUGUUCGGAUGCUCGAAGGCGAUGGCCUAGCCGAGAAGUGGGCAGCUUCACAUAAUCAUACUAAUCCCAGCAUGAACCUCUUUCAUAAUCCUCACAACAAAAGCACUUCCCGCCCUACAACAACUACUACUACCGCCACCCCCACUGCCUUAAAACAUGAUUGCAGUGAACAUGAUCGUUCAAGCAUGUUUGGAACAACAAUGGAAGAUGAUGAUGAUGAUCAUUCCUUGGAUUCUUAUGCUAUGGAGCUAUCAGGUCCAAGAUAAAAACAAAAACCAACAAAAAAAAAAGUGUUAAGAAAGUAUAAGCAAAAGAAAAGUAUUCUUUUUCCCUUUUUCUCCUUAUUCUUUACUACCCCAAAUUUUACUUUUGUUUCCUUUUUGCAUAGAUAUAGGUUUUUUUUUUUUUAUAAAUUCUCUUAUCUACUAAAAUUAAAAGAACCAACUUUUUCCUUUCUCUUGUAAUCUAUGGCUUUCUCUUUUGUGGGUUUUGUAAUGUAAAUGAAAUGUGACCCUCCCUUGUUUUCAUUCAAA